AUCUAUAUAUAGAUCUAUAUAUAUAUAUAUUAAAGUUGGUCAUCAUUGAUCAGUUAAUUGGGGGAUAGCUUUUUUGACAAAGAAUUUAGCAUCAUACAUGGAUGAGGCGAAUGUUAAAACAGGUGGUAAACUCUCCCUCUUGGAUUUGCCUGAAAUGGUCUUGGAUUUCAUUCUAAAGUGUCUUUCACCGAUAGAACUCUCAAGAAUGUCGAGGGUGUGUGCUUCUCUAAGAAACAAGUGUGAAAGUGAUCAUUUAUGGGAAAAGCACAUAAAUCACAAAUGGGGCAGAGUGAUUGGUGAUGUUGCUUAUAAGGAAUGGCAAUUUCAUAUAACCGCAGCAAAAGAAAGAAACCUUUUGAACCAAGAGAUCACCAAUAUCAGUGGAUCACUGGGUUCUUUCACGGGUGUUUGGCCCAAUUUAUAUCUUGGUUCAUACUUAGAAGAUUGCUGGAUCCUCAAUGGUCUAAGGUCAGACAACUUCAUGAUGAUUCUGUAUUUCUCUCUACAAAGUGGUAGAUUCUGGUUUCCUGCUCAGGUCUACAAGGGGUUGAUGAUUCAUAAUGCCUUGGUUAACUAUGACUCUGAAUCUAACAAUUUUCAAGCAAGGUAUCAAUCUGGUGGUUGGAGACUUUUAGGGAAGAACCUGGAGUGGGAUAUGGUGAGAGUUCCUGCAGUGGAUUCCCUUCCAUAUGUGUUUCAUGUCUCUGAUUGUUUGGAUAACUUGAAACCAGGGGAUCGUAUUGAAAUCCAAUGGAGAGGAAAUUUACAAUCUCCUUACGAUUGGUGGUAUGCUAUUAUAGGUCACUUGGACUCAUGUAACGAGAAUGAGAAUUAUUGUCAGUGUCAUCUCAAUGAUACGUUGAUCGUCGAGUUCAAGCAAUACCCUCAAGGAUCAAACAUGAGAAGAAUAAAAUUAUCUAGAAAAAACAACGGUGAACAAGGUGAUCCAGUAGGCGGAUUCUAUGGAGGAAUUAGAAAGCUUUGCAAUCCAGAUGAGAUUGAAAUAUGGAUGAACAUUUUCUCACGUCAAACUCAGCAGAUGGCACAUCAAUUUGCCAUUGGUAUGCCACCAGUGGCAGCGCAAUUUCCAUUCCGCUAAACUUCAAUUGAGGCGUUUCAGCUAAUUGAUUGCUAAAUUGAUUCUUGGUGAAAACUGAAAACCCAUGUCGUUGAGAUCUGAGGGAAGAAAAGGAAACAUGAUUUGGUAUUAUACGUGCACACAUCCUCCCUGCUGAAAGCUUUGAAACAAUGAAGGAGCAAGGGCAUAAAUUCCUUAGCAUAAUUAGUAGUUUCUUACCUUCUAAGUUCUAAUUUUUAGGUCCAUUGGCUUUAGGAAAGAAAUUCUACCCUGAUUUAACCUCUUAUGAUGUGGUAAUAUAACCUUUUUUUUGUUUCAAAAAAAUAUAACCUUGUAAAUGGUGAUUGAUAUGUUUUGAAUUAUGUUAAGAUCAUAAGAUGUGUUGAAAAUAUUGAUUUUAGUUUGGAUUAGAGAGUUAGUCUUUAAGUGUUUUCUGCA